GCUAUCUAUCAGCUGCCUUCCAUCGUCAGCACACAAACUACACAAGAAUCUGCUUAUUUAUAGGCCACCUUGUCCCUUCUACAAUGGUGCAAGAACACACAAAUUCACACACACACUGACACACACAAACCGAUCGAUUGAUUGAUUGAUAAUGAAGCAAGAGCAGGUCAGGAUGGCAGUGCUCCUCAUGCUCAACUGCUUCGUCAAGGCCACGGCGCCGCCGCCAUGGCCGCCGUCGGCUUCGUCCGCCUCCUUCCUCGACGACCUCGGCGACCUCGGCAUCGCGCCGCUCAUCCGCGCCGACGAGGCGGGCACCGCGCGCGCCUCCGCCGACUUUGGCAACCUCUCCGUCGCCGGCGUCGGGGCGCCUCGGCUCGCCGCCGCCGCCGCCGUGCUCUACCCGUCGCGCCCCGCCGACAUCGCCGCGCUGCUGCGCGCGUCGUGCGCACGCCCGGCGCCGUUCGCGGUGUCCGCGCGGGGGUGUGGCCACUCGGUGCACGGCCAGGCCUCCGCGCCCGACGGCGUCGUCGUCGACAUGGCGUCGCUCGGCCGCCUGCAGGGCGGCGGCGCGCGGCGCCUCGCCGUGUCAGUGGAGGGGCGGUACGUCGACGCCGGCGGCGAGCAGCUGUGGGUGGACGUGCUGCGCGCGUCCAUGGCGCACGGGCUCACGCCGGUGUCGUGGACAGACUACCUCCACCUCACCGUCGGCGGCACGCUGUCCAACGCCGGCAUCAGCGGCCAGGCCUUCCGCCAUGGCCCCCAGAUUUCCAACGUGCUAGAGCUCGACGUCAUCACCGGUGUCGGGGAGAUGGUGACGUGCUCGAAGGAGAAGGCGCCGGACCUGUUCGACGCGGUGCUGGGCGGGCUGGGGCAGUUCGGCGUCAUCACGCGGGCGCGCAUCCCGCUCGCGCCGGCGCCGGCGAGGGCGCGGUGGGUGCGGUUCGUGUACACGACGGCGGCGGCGAUGACGGCCGACCAGGAGCGCCUCAUCGCCGUCGAUCGCGCCGGCGGCGCCGGCGCGGUGGGCGGGCUGAUGGACUACGUCGAGGGCUCGGUCCACCUGAACCAGGGCCUGGUCGAGACCUGGCGCACGCAGCCGCAGCCGCCUUCGCCGUCCUCCUCCUCCUCCUCAUCCUUCUUCUCCGACGCCGACGAGGCCCGCGUCGCCGCGCUCGCCAAGGAGGCCGGCGGCGUGCUGUAUUUCCUCGAGGGCGCCAUCUACUUCGGCGGCGCCGCCGGGCCGUCCGCCGCCGACGUUGACAAGAGGAUGGAUGUGCUGCGUCGCGAGCUGCGGCACGAGCGCGGGUUCGUGUUCGCGCAGGACGUGGCGUACGCCGGGUUCCUGGACCGCGUCCACGACGGCGAGCUCAAGCUCCGCGCCGCGGGGCUCUGGGACGUGCCGCACCCAUGGCUGAACCUGUUCCUCCCCCGCUCCGGCGUCCUCGCCUUCGCCGACGGCGUCUUCCACGGCAUCCUCAGCCGCACCCCCGCCAUGGGCCCCGUCCUCAUCUACCCCAUGAACCGCAACAAGUGGGACAGUAACAUGUCGGCAGUGAUCACCGACGACGACGGUGACGAGGUGUUCUACACGGUGGGGAUCCUGCGGUCGGCGGCGGCGGCCGGCGACGUGGGGAGGCUGGAGGAGCAGAACGACGAGAUCUUGGGUUUCUGCGAGGUGGCCGGGAUAGCCUACAAGCAGUACCUGCCUUACUACGGCAGCCAGGCAGAGUGGCAGAAGCGGCACUUCGGUGCCAAUCUCUGGCCAAGAUUCGUGCAGCGGAAGAGCAAGUAUGAUCCAAAGGCCAUCCUGUCCCGUGGCCAGGGGAUUUUCACGUCACCACUCGCAUGAAAUGACACAUGUAUGCAAAUGCAUAUCUACAUGCGUAUAUAUACACGUAUAUAUACGUAUGUAUGCAUACACAUAUGGGUGUACUGUGCAUACGUUAUAGCACACUGCAGCUAAUUAAGCUUGACAGGGAGAUCGAUCAAUGGACAAUGCUCUAGUCAAGCUAAUAUAAAUAAUGGAGUAGUAGUAUAUAUGUAGUGCGAGAUAAUUAAGUAGUGUGUUUGCCUACUAAAAGGAGAGGCAAAGUAGUACUGUGAUGCAUGCAUGCCAACUAAUAGGUGAUAAGUACGUGUGUGUGGCCGCAUGUAUGAUUAGAAGAAGUUGGUUUUUAAUUAAUUAAUUAGGUCAUGUAUGUAAAUAUAUAGUACAGUACUACGUACUACUAGUGUACUACCAGCCAAUUUGCAUGCAUGCAUGGAUGCCUUCAUAUGCAUGUCGAUCUCAAACGUACGGCAUGCUUGAAUGCAUCAUGAUGCAUAUCUAUCGUCGUCUUGUGGGUGUAAACUAAAUUAAUCUUAGUUAUAUGUAUUAUAAGUUUGCAAUA